UUUCAUUCCUCUCUGUUCCUCUCGCCGAUCGCCUCUGUCCACUCCAGCAAAACCUUCCUCGGUUUUCAGUUGCUCUCUCGCCGCCAUCUACCAUGGCCAAGAGAACCAAGAAGGUUGGGAUUGUCGGCAAAUACGGCACCCGAUAUGGUGCUAGUUUGAGGAAGCAGAUCAAGAAGAUGGAGGUGAGCCAGCACAGGAAGUACUUCUGUGAGUUCUGCGGCAAGGAUGCUGUCAAGAGAAAGGCUGUCGGUAUCUGGGGAUGCAAGGACUGUGGCAAGGUGAAAGCUGGAGGCGCUUACACCAUGAAUACCGCGAGUGCUGUGACCGUGAGGAGCACCAUUCGUCGUUUGAGGGAGGCAACCGAGAGUUAGAUGUUGUGUUUGAUUCGUCUCGCUCUGUUACUGUUAUAGUGUUAUGGGAUUUUGAUAUUGUUGCAUUUCCGGUUUGUUUACUUUUGAACCUCGUAGAAUCAAAUGAAAGCUCGGGUUUUUACUUCUUAGUACUGUUCUAGAGAUGUGGAUUCAUUGUAUUCACCACUGAGUUCGUUCCUCCAGAUAGUUCGUUAGUCGUUACUGCAAAUGUGGCUACACAAGACAUUUUCGUUAUGUAUGCUACAUUGAUUUUCAGCCAUACUUCUCAUCUAUGGUUUCUCUUCCCUCUGUUGCCAUAAUAAUGUAUGUGUUGAAACUGAAAUCGGCUACCGUGCUUCUAUUGAGCACGUAAAUGGCUACACCCUGCUCCAACUUGCAGAUUGAUUGUAAAAAAUUGAUGCAUUCAUGAAUGCGAGAAAGAUGUUACGAUCGAUCAUAAUCGUGCUUCCAUGCUUCGAGUGAAAAUUUUACGCUUUACAUGUAAAAUCGAUGUUUGUGAGACCAUAUCGAAGAUCGAAGCGUAAAAGAUCGUCUAGUAAGUCUAUUUAACCUCUAAAAUCUGGUGAUUGAACUUCUAAGAAACAACCAAGAAGCUAGAAAAACGCGUUAAGCAUUUCUCUGCAAUUUGUUUAACUGACAAUUUCCCUUUUCCUCUUCCAUCCUCGCUCCCUUCAUUCCAUUUCUCCUCCGCUUCCCUCUCCACGGCCAGCGCAGUCCCGCCGGCGUCUCUCGAAUUCUCUCAGGUACUCUCUGCUUCUCUCUCUCUCUCUCUCUCUCUCUCUCUCUCUCUCGCAGCAUUCUGUUUGUUCGCUCCGCCGUCGUCUACUAGCUGCAAAUUUAGGGCUGAGUCGUCGAGGCUCUCUGAUUCGCCGCUUCCUUCAUCCUCCUGAUUCUAUUCCUUGCUGUUUUUUCAGUUCUCGGUUCAGCUCCUAUCCGGAUCGCCGUUCUAAGCUUUCCGGACUCCAAUUCGUCCUGCUGCGAGAUCUUCUUCCAUCGUGCGCGCCAUUACUGCCUGGUCCGCCGUCCGGAUUUCUCGAGGUAGUUUCACAGUUUUCCGAUUGCUUGCGAGAUCUUCUGUGCGGCGAUGGUAAAAUAGCGUCGAAUCGUUUCCUGAUCCGUAUUGCGAUAACUGAAAUUCGCUUCUUGCGUUUGUUUGGUGCAGUGACAACGUGACGAGUUUCUGAGUCGUCCUGCUGUUGCCACGAUGGUUUCCUUUGAGAUGAACGAUCGCAAAAGUGAGUGACACCUUCUGUUCAUCUGCAUAGCGGUUGGUGUUUCAUUUAGCGAGUUAGAAAGCACAGCUAGCAAGUUGAAUAACUAUUGAGUGUUGAUUAUUGUGAAUUGAGGAGGAUUACAUAGUUGUGUGGCUACUGAGUUGUUAGGUUUCUUGCAGAGAGAAAUAUCACGUCUAUUGAGUAGUUGAUCAUGCACCUCUGACUUCAAAUAUGUUGUACGAUUGAUAACGGGAGAGCAGUUUGUUGUACGAUUUUCUUCUUUAUUUGAACUCCUGUUUGUUUCCGACUUAGAUUUCUCUGGCUUGAUAUGUAAAUAAAUGGUGAUCCUUCGAAGUCAUGAUAGGCUUAAAGGAACAGAGGUAGUGUAUGUUGUAGAAUGGUGAAGGAAGGAAAACCACCUAUUUUCAGCUUGAACUUGCUAUCUAUAGCGUUAACCAUUCAUCUUUCUAGUGAAUCGGUUAAGUAACUCUAAUCAUUUGACAGUAUCUGCUGUAGAAAUUAGGGGAAAGUGAACCCUUUCAAUUGUGGACUAAUUGUGUGUAUCUAAUUCCGAAGUUUACUGGGUGGUACAGAAAUUGGGCUAGGAUUGACAGGAUUUGGCAUAUUUUUCUCCAUUCUGGGAAUCAUCUUCUUCUUUGACAAGGGACUACUUGCCAUGGGGAAUGUAUGUCAUUCUAUCUUACAAAUAUCUUCCUUUGUUCUGCUUUCUCACGGUGUGAUUUAUAUUUAGUAUUGACUUGGUUUGCUGGGCUUUUUGAUUCAGAUCCUCUUCAUCUCAGGAGUGAGUCUCACUAUUGGACCGAAGUCGACCAUGCAGUUUUUCAUGAAACGACAAAACUAUAAGGUGAAAUUUUCUUUCUCUUGUUUCACUUGUUUCCGCAAUGUCUGAUUACAGUUAAGCCUCAUUUUGGUGCUGUUUAUGACUACUUAUACUAUGUUAAUUCCCAUGCAAUCACUAUAUGAGCUAGCAAAGUGAACAGUUUGUCUUUUUUUUUUUUACACUAAUGCUUUCUGGGUUGCUGGUCAUGCAGGGGACUAUCUCAUUCGGUGCUGGUUUCUUCUUUGUCGUGAUAGGAUGGCCCAUCAUUGGUAUGAUUUUGGAGACAUAUGGGUUUGUUGUGCUCUUCAGGUAACUUCACUGUUUAUAUUGAUGAUUUAGUUGAAAAUUGUACACUGUUGAAGAUGCUGAUGGAAAUCUUUGUGCAGUGGCUUCUGGCCAACACUUGCAGUUUUCUUGCAGAGGAUACCCAUUCUUGGUUGGGUAAUCCAACAACCAGCAAUCAGAUCGGUAUGUGGUUUUGUUCUCAAUGCAGACAUUUCAGCUCACUUUUCUAUUAGCUUCUGUGAUACAAUAGAAUCCCAUUCUCAUUACUUGGAUCUUCUAAAUCAGGACAAGACGUUUCAUUGCAUUCAUUUUGGCCAUCUAUAUUGUGCAAUGCCAAACUGGUUUAUCAUUGAUAGUGAUAACUGAUAAGAUAAUAAAUCAUACAUUUAGAUUCAUCUUGUAUAACUUGGUCUAAAUUCUGCUUCUUUGAUGUCAGAACUUAUUUUAGUGGUUGCAACUUAUAAGGGCCAAUAUAGAACAAUAAAGAAAGUAGAAUCACAUAAAAGUGUAAUCCUUCUCUUUAAUAAAGAGUUUGAGGUAGAUGUGCUUGGACUUCCGUAAAUCACGUGUCCCCUUGACUUUGAUGACCAGAGCUUCCAUCUAAUUAUGUGUCUACUGAAAUACCAACGACGCCAAAGUAGUAAUAUCUGUCUAUGCUUUAGUAUUGGAACUUGUAUCUAGUAUCUACCUCUGAUUCUAGCUGGCUAGUUAUUUCUGCUGUGCAUCUUGCGCUUAGAGCCUUCGUCUAAUAAACUCCCACAUGUUAUCUAAUUUGAACAAGUUUACCUACAUUUGAGUAUAUGUCAGGCAUUCAGAAUGCUAUAGAAUUUUGUC